AAUCACUUCUUAAGAUAUUAAAUUUAUUAUAUUUAAAAAAUGAUAUAUAUUACCAUUUUAUUUAAUUUUUUUAAAAUGCGUAAAGUUAAUAAUGGACAAAUAAACAUAAACAGAGCCAGGGAAAAGUAUGGUCUAGUGGGUUGAUGGUCUUCAAAAACAAAGACAAUUUUGUGGAGGGUUAGUUGGAAAAGUAAGGUCAUUUUGGUCAUUACAGCUCCCUACCUUAUAAAAUGAUACGUGUUUGAUACACAACACAACACAAAACCAAAUCUUUAAGCUUUAUUUGAUCAUCAAAUGGCUGAGAAAAUCAAAGCUUUGAUCAUUGGAGGAACUGGCUAUAUUGGUAAAUUUGUUGUGGAAGCAAGUGCAAAAUCUGAACAUCCAACUUUUGCAUUAGUUAGAGACACCACAGUUUCUGACCCUGUUAAGGGUAAAAUUGUUGAGAGUUUCAAGAAUUUGGGUGUCAGUAUUGUCAAUGGUGAUUUGUAUGAUCAUGAGAGUUUGGUGAAGGCUAUGAAACAAGUAGAUGUGGUGAUAUCAACUGUGGGUAUGAGGCUAUUGGCUGAUCAAGUUAAGAUCAUUGCUGCUAUCAAAGAAGCUGGCAAUAUUAAGAGAUUCUUCCCUUCGGAGUUUGGUAUGGAUGUCGAUAAGUUGAACGCUGUGGAGCCAGCAAAGUCUAUGUUUGCUUUGAAAGUUCAAAUCCGUAGAGCUAUUGAGGCUGAAGGAAUUCCUUAUACUUAUGUCUCAUGCAACUAUUUUGCUGGUUAUUUCUUACCAAAUUUGGUUCAGCCAGGGGCCACUGCUCCUCCUCGAGACAAAGUCAUCAUUCCUGGUGAUGGAAAUGUAAGGGUAAUUGUUUUCAAUGAAGAACAUGACAUUGGCACCUACACCGUUAAGGCUGUUGAUGACCCGAGAGCAUUGAACAAGACCCUCUACAUCAAGCCUCCCAAGAAUAUCUUAUCGUUCAACGAGCUUGUGGCUAUAUGGGAGAAAUUGAUUGGUAAAACUCUAGAGAAAAUCUACAUUCCUGAGGAGCAAAUUCUCAAGGACAUCCAGACAUCUCCAAUCCCAAUCAAUGUCAUACUAGCACUCAACUACUCAGCAUUUGUGAAGGGUGAUCAAACCAAUUUUGGGAUCGAGCCAUCGUUUGGGGUUGAGGCCUCAGAACUUUAUCCAGAUGUCAAGUACACCACAGUGGAGGAGUACGUUAGUCGCUUUGUCUAAAUCAUACACAUUUGAUGUCUCUGAUAACUUGAAUAAGUUGUUAGAUGAUGAGUAUUGUUAGACAUUGUGUCUGGAACUAUGAGUGCCUGUUAAGUAUGUCAUCGGGGAGACACGUUGAAUGGUAUGUUUCAAGUCCUUUUUUACUGUCCGUACAAGAACUAUAAUGAAACUGCAGAAGCAAAUGUAUUGCAUUAUUGCUCUACCAUCUUGUGCCAGAUUUUAGGCUGCGAUGUAAUAUAAAAUUGCCUUGUUGUUAAUAAGGAUCAAUACCAUUUUUAUAUGAGGCUCACUUAUUUCA